AUCUUAAACCCGAGACACACACACAGUAAUGACUCAUACUCCCAUUCAUCACAGUCACACCACACCACAUCACACACACGCACGCACUUUCUAACUUUCUUUGCCGCAACGCAACCCUUCUCUCUUUCUUUUCUUUCUGACACAACCUUCAUAUCCAACAUAAACAAGAAAGAGUACCCUCAGUAGCUACGUCCAUUCCCUAGCAGUUCUUUGUAUUCAUCCACUAUAUUGCACCUAUUAUACAGACACAGUCAGCAAGAAUCUUUCAUCUUUCUCCAAAUUCGCUUGCGUACAAAAUCUUUAAAGUGAAAUCCUACUUACGUUAAACCGCACAAAAGCUGCUCCAAGAUUUUUCUUUCUCUUUGAUAUGGUAUUGGUACGCACAUGCAUGCUGUUUUGUUUUCCAUUAUAUACAUUAUAGUGGUAUAAAGAAAUCAAGAAACAAUGGCGGCAGUGAAGAAGAAGCUUGUUAUUAUUCUGUUAGCAUUUACCAUAUGCCGUUUAAUUCUAACAGUAGGAUUAACGGUGGACCCAACUUUAACGGAGAUUCUCCACGUAGGUCUGGAAGGUGAAGUGAAACUGGAAGCUUCGGAGUUAGAAGCAGUUUCAUUGGAUUUCGGGAGGUUAAGCAGCAGAGGAGAAGCAUUAGCGGUAGUUCAACCAGCGUCGGAAAAUGACGUGGUAACGGUUGUUAAAGCAGCCUAUAACCGGCCGCCGUUUGCGGUGUCCGCGCGAGGGCACGGACACUCGAUAAACGGACAAGCGGAUACGAGAAUGAAAGGUGUGGUGAUUGAAAUGGGGAGAGGCAGUAGGGUUAACUUUCUUCCUCGAGUGUAUGAGAAAGAAAUGUAUGUUGAUGUUUGGGGUGGUGAAUUAUGGAUACAUGUGUUGAAAGCUACAUUGGAGUAUGGUUUAGCACCCAUGUCUUGGACUGAUUACUUGUAUUUGUCUGUGGGUGGUACUCUUUCUAACGCUGGUAUUAGUGGACAAACCUUUAAUCACGGUCCUCAAAUCUCCAACGUUUUUGAACUUGAUGUCGUUACAGGAAAAGGUGAAGUGUUGACAUGUUCAGAAGAUGAUAACUCAGAUUUGUUCCAUGCUGUUCUUGGUGGUCUUGGACAAUUUGGAAUCAUCACAAGAGCUAGAAUUGCUCUCCAACCAGCUCCUCAAAGAGUUCGUUGGAUACGAGUUUUGUACUCGAAUUUUUCGACCUUUAGUAAGGACCAGGAGUUUCUGAUAUCUCUGCAUGGGAAACCUGCGAGCGAGAGAUUCGAUUAUGUUGAAGGUUUUGUGAUAGUGGAUGAAGGACUUGUUAAUAAUUGGAGAUCCUCAUUCUUUUCAUCGAGUAAUCCUGUUAAAAUCAGUUCCAUUAAAGGUGAUGGAGGUGUUUUGUACUGUUUGGAGAUAACCAAAAACUACGAGCAAGGAAAUGGUGAUUCUGUUGAUGAGGAAAUACAAGCACUAUUGAGAAAGUUAAGUUUUAUAGAAACAUCAGUGUUCACAACGGACGUGGGUUACGUGGAUUUUCUGGAUCGUGUACAUAAGGCAGAAGUGAAACUUAGAUACAAGGGUUUAUGGGAUGUAGCACAUCCAUGGCUGAAUCUUUUUGUUCCAAAAUCGAGGAUAGAAGAUUUUGAUAAGGGUGUGUUCAAGGGCAUUUUGGGAAAUAAGACAAGUGGGCCUAUUCUCAUCUACCCUAUGAACAGAAACAAGUGGGAGAAUCGGAGCUCGGUGGUGACACCAGACGAGGAGGUGUUUUACCUGGUGGCAUUUCUGAGAUCAGCUUUGGAUGCUGAGACACUGGAGUACCUGAUUAAUCAGAACCGUCAGAUUCUGAGAUUCUGCCAUGACUCGAAGAUCAAGGUGAAACAGUACCUGCCCCAUUACACAACACUAGAGGAGUGGAAGGACCACUUUGGAGAUAAGUGGACCCAAUUCAAUGCCAUGAAGAUGCAAUUCGAUCCUCAACGAAUCUUAGCAACAGGCCAGCGAAUAUUUGAUUUUGAACCUUCCACCGUCAUCUCUAAGGAUGACAUGUAAUGCAGCAAACAAAAUAAAAUCAGAAAGAGACAAUUGUAUAGAAGAUAAAUAAAGAGAAUAAUUAUUUUGCAGUGA